UUGACACGUUUUGGGCCAUUAAAACUUGUACGCUAAUAGCUCAUAAAUCAACCCUUUAAAACAGCUGCACAUACCGUUCCAAUCCAAUUGUCCUAAAAUCUCUACUUUUAGAUCCAAAAUCUCUCAAAGCCGUUUGAUAAAAAGGACUCACGUUUUGAAGAAAUUUAUAUUUCGCUAGUGUUUCUAAAUUUAUUUAUCAGCGGUCUAUAGUGGUUUACGACAGAAGAAAGGUGUCGGGGUGUUGACAAGUGGAUUAUAGUUCUGUUUUGGAUGAAGAUGGAGUUUAGCUGGUGGAAUAGGGAAGAAGAACAACCAAUUGAUCACAUGGUGGAGCAACAACGGCUAUGAGGUUUUGGUGGCUCAAGUGGUGGAAAAUAAAGAAGAAGAAAGGCUAUCUAGGAGUGGUUCGCGGCAGCCUUACAUGGUGGGACGAUGGUGUUUUCAAAUGGGUGUUUAUAUGGCGUGAUUGCGCUUAUCGAUUAGACCACUUGCAUUGUGUGUGUAUACUUUUUUUUUUGGGUCAAAUCUACUAGGACGAAGUUUGAGCGAUUUUCACAUAUUUUUCUGAGAUUCAUUAAUGGAGAAGAAGAUUACAAUUGUAGACAUUCUGAUACAUACAGUGAAGUACCAUGUAUACAUAUAUAUAUAUAUAUAUAUAUACAUAUAUAUUACUAUCUAAGAAGAGGGAAUAAGCACACACCUGGGCGUCAACAUAUGUGCUUCUUCUAAUUAACUUUGAAUUAGAGGGUACUUCGGUCAUUUCAAGGUUUCCUACUUUACAGCUGCUUCUCCGUAUUGCUACACGCACAGUCCAAUUUGGUGAUUAGGAAGUCACCGCUUGUAAUGUCUGUCAAUAUCACCUAUGCAAAGUAACGCCAUAUCCCAACACUUCUCUAUCUAGGACGUUUAAUCUCUCUGUUUCUCUCCUUCUGUUCAUAACUCUGCACUUCAGUGAACUUUACAGCUUCUUCUUAUCACAGGAGGCGCCUGCCAUGAAGUUAAUUCUUUGUCGAGUUCUUCUGGCAAAGGAAAAAAAUGCACUCCAGCCUUCCUGUGUAUUUAAAAAGGUAAGCCCACAACCUCUAGCUUUAACUUUGUUGCUACAUCAUCUCUUAGGCAAGCAUCUAAAUUAUGACCAUUUCUGGUUUAGGCUCAACAUCCAACACAUUUAAAGGACAACAAAAUGUCACCCCUGAAGUUGUAACAAACAAAGGUCAUAGGUUGAACAAACAGGUCCAGCUGAAAAAUAAUGAAAAUCAAUCGACUUAUGUAUGUUUAAAAGAUGUUCCAAAUUGUCAAUUUUGCAAUGCAAAAAGGUUCCAGUAUGAAUCACUUGGAUUCUGUUGUAGCAAAGGAUCAGUUAAGUUAGUUUCAUAUCAAUUGUCUAAUGACUUAUUAGAUCUGUAUACGGGAAAUACAGAAGAAUCUAUGCACUUCCGAACCUGCAUUAGAACAUACAAUAAUAUGUUUGCGUUCACCUCACUUGGUGUAACUUAUGACAAAGCUUUAUCGAGGAGAUAUCAUGGCAUAUAUACAUUUCGAGUUCAGGGCCAAAUGUAUCAUUUUAUACCUGAUUUACUUCCUUCUGGUGAAAAAGCAAAGAGUCUGCAAUUAUACUUUUAUGAUAAUGAAAGUGAACUAGCUAACAGGAUGGCCUGUUCAGCACAUAUCAGCGAAUUAGUCGUCAAGACACUUAAGAACAUACUCUUAAAGAAUCCAUAUUCCAUCUUUGUAAAGUCCUUGAUAAACAUUCCAAAAAUAUCUGAUUUUUGCAUCGCUCUUAAAUGUGAUCCAGGUUUAGAUCAACGUGUUUAUAAUUUACCAUCUACAUCUGAGGUAGCUGGAAUAUGGGCCCAAGAUAAUUUUGAUACUAUAUCUGCACCACAUAUUCGUAUAUACACCCAUAGUAAUAACACUCGCUCAGUAAAUUAUUAUUAUGGCUAUUAUGAUCCCUUGCAGUACCCAUUAUUAUUUCCAUACGGCCAAAACGGAUAGCACUGUGGUAUAAAAAAGAUUAUAUGAAGAAAUCAAUCUUACUGUGAACAUGAAGAAUUACCAAGCGUAAAGAACAUGUACUCAAUUGACGGAGUUCUUGAUGUUAAAGCUCAGAACUUUAAAAAAGGAAAAUGAAAAAGAGAUAUGGUUUCUUGUCGUGAGUAUUACUGUUACAAAAUUCAGAUAAGAGAGAAUGAGGAAAAUGGAGUGUUCCACUAUGGAACAGGUAAACCUGUCACGCUCCAAACUAUGGCCUGGACGAAACAUGGUACUCGGUGCCUUACUGCAUGUGACCGAGCGAACCACAUGGCUUGCUGAAUCAUCAUGAGGCAUAACAUGAGCGGAAUAUCAUGAAAUAUGAUGAGCUUUUAUAAAACAUGAGAUGUCAUAAUAAUUUAAUGAAAUACUUGUUUAUAUCAUGAAUGGGGAAAUAUCAUAAAUUGAGCCAAAAAUGGCUACACGACUCUGAGUGUAUGACAUAACUGACUGCCUAGUCUAUGAAACCUCUAAUCAUGAGUCUUGACUAGAAAACGUACUCGUUGGGACAAGGCCCCCAACAUACCUUUAAAUGCAUAACUAAUAAAAUAAAGAUAACUGACUAAAACCUCGAAUGA